AUGAAGUGCUCGUGGGGGACGGUCGUCGUCCUUCCGCUGUUCCUCGGGGCCGCUUUGUCCAACGGCGUCUCGUAUGUCCGGAUUUUAGAGGGCGAGGAUGCUACUGUUUCGGGAGAUUUCGAGACUUAUUCACUCAGCAUGUUGAGGUGCGCCUCGGUCUGCACCCAACACCCAACCUGCGUCGUGUGGGCGUGGGACUCCUUCGGCGCGUCCUGCCGGGUCUACACCCUCCUCUGGCCCACAGACACGGUCACCAGCGCGCCGCCCAGCCUGAGGACCUACGGCGACGUCGGCGGCUACUUCCUCCUGAGGCCCUCAAGCUCAUCCACCUGGACCGAAGCCCAACAGCAAUGCGUCGACGAGAACGGCAUCAUCGCCUUCGUCGGAUUUGAGAAGAUGAAACUCCUUAUGCAGUCCAUGAGGAGCUCGGCAGCCUGGGUAGGACUCUACCGGGAUCACGUGACCGGGCUCUGGAAGGACCUCCUCGGCAACGUGCCCCAGGAUGUGUACUGGGGUUCUGGCUUCCCCGGAUCUGGCAGCUAUGCUUACUAUGUAGUAGGGGUCCUGUAUUCGGCGCUUGGAGAUUUCCAUAGUGAUAUGGGUAUCCUUUGUGCUUACGCUUGAACGGGAACUAGGGUUGAGAGAGAGAGAGAGAGAGA